GGAGGAGUGGAGCUCUGCGGAAGAAGGGAGGCACGGAGGGUAGGAGGGAGACUCGGAACAGCGCAGGCGAGCAGACGCUGUUCUCUUCAAACAGAUAAGGCGGACUAACCCGGAGGCUGCAGCUUUCUGUCUCCCUCCUAUCGGUGCAGAACGCUUGCAAGAAAGAUUCACAGGGCAUCUGGUGCUGAGACUAGAGACUUGGAUUGGAACUGGGAUCCUGCAGGACACAACAAAAAAGUCACGAAAGCGGGAGGGAUUUUACUUUCAUGCAGCAGACGUGAGAGCACCAUCAUCAAGCACAGGAGAAUACAUGCUGUAGUGGCCUAACGCAAUUGGGACUACAGAUAGAUUACAUGCACCAUUCUCUCUAGCUUUGUCAAGACCAGAUAUCAAAGUAAAUCAUGGAUUUUGUAAUGAAGCAAGCACUGGGAGGGGCCACCAAAGACAUGGGGAAAAUGUUAGGUGGAGAGGAAGAAAAAGACCCAGACGCCCAGAAGAAAGAAGAGGAGAGGCAGGAGGCACUGCGGCAACAAGAGGAGGAGAGGAAGGCUAAGCAUGCUCGCAUGGAGGCAGAGAGAGAGAAGGUCAGACAGAGUAUCAGAGAUAAGUACGGACUGAAGAAGAAGGAGGAGAAGGAGGCAGAGGAGAAAGCAGCUAUGGAGCAAGCCUGUGAAGGCUCACUAACUCGUCCGAAAAAGGCCAUUCCAGCAGGAUGCGGGGACGAUGAUGACGAUGACGAGGAGAGCAUUUUAGACACCGUCCUGAAAUUCUUGCCAGGACCUCUCCAGGACAUGUUUAAAAAGUAAUGGACAUGAGACUGUAUUUGGGGGUUGCUGGGAGGUUUACUUUUACAGGGAAGAGAUGUAGUUUGAGACUGGGGAUAGUUGGGAAUCUUGCCAAACUGUGGAAGGCUUUUCACUGCCUUGACAAAGUCUUAGUUGUUAUUUCUACUGAUAAAAACAAUCCAUUCCCCUACAAAGUUGGUCUUAUCACUUCCAUUCAGGUUCAAAUUGUUUAUAUGUUAAAGAUUUUCUAUUGGUUAACUUAUAUGCACAACCAUGGCCUCAUACUCUGCAAAUUGUGGGCCAUUGGGCUUCAUUAUAAAGGAAACAACAGGAAUACAUUCCAUGCAGUUGACACUAGAGAACUCUGGCACUGGGAUGAGGUGUGUAUGUGUGUGUAGCUAGUUUACCCCCCCACCCCCCCCACCCCCCAAACAAUAGUAGUAAAAGCUGAGAGGGCAAUUUAAAAAAAAAAAAAAAAACACAGCAAUUUAAGCAUGAUGCCUUCCAAUGACUUUCUACACUUCUACACAUUUUGGUUGAAGUUUUUUUGUUUGUUUUUUUGUUCUUGUAAAGAAAGUACUAGAAAAGGCUUCUCUCUUGAAUGGAUUAAGGACAACAUGUUACAAGUGGUGAAUUAUUUGGGUUUGGUGUUGCCAUACUUAGACCUACGAGAGAACAUGAUUGUGUUUAUAAUGCCAUUCUAGACAACCUGAAUGCUCAAUGUCUAGUUGUCAUUUCUUCAAUAGUCUUCUUCCCUUUUUUUUAAAUAGUUGUCUUUUAAUGUGUAAGAGAAGUAAUAGUCAUUGUUUAACGUUUGAAAGAGAACUAAUAUGCACAUUAGUCCUGCCAGCAUGAGUUUAGGAAAGGAAAGCAUGUAUAGAUUUGCACUGGGUAAAAAAAAAAUAAAAACAAAACACUGCCACAUUUUAGCCAACCAAUUAUUUCAGUGACCAAAUCUUUUCUAUGACGGAAAAUCUGUUGCAUAAAAUGAUAAUGCAUAAACGUAUUACACUUGUAUUUGUAAUCCAGCCUGGAGGAGCACUGCACUGAUGGGAGCUAGAUUUUCCGUAAAAUGCGCAAUUGUUUCAUUUAUAAAUGUAUUAAGUUUGCCCCAAAAGACAAUCAAAUACAACCAUUGUAUUGCAGUAUAACGGCAUCAAUAUUAAAACUUUAAGUAUAAAAUUGGCCUGCUAAUUAAUGUGCAUCAUUUUGAGAAAAAAAUGUUUUUCAUUCAAGCCUUGAUCAGACUCAAAAAUCUAACAGGAGGUGUCUAGGAAAAUGUUUUGAUUUGCAUUCAAAAUCAAUAGACCAAAGAAAGCAUAAUAAAAUCUAAAUUUCUGUAAACAAAUCCAAGUCUUGGCCUCCAAAUAAGAAUUCCAUGGAAGAAUCAAUGAAUCAGAAUCAAUGGAAAAUGAGAUAAUUCUACAGUCUAGCUCCCUGACAACUAUAAUGUCCAAUACUGCCAAGAUCUUAUGCUACGUAAUAUUGAUUUCCAUAUCUGUAGAAAGAUAGCUAUCUUUCUAUUUAUCUAUAGCUAUAGUUAUCUCAUAGCUAUAGCCAAUCUAAUGGGAUAUUUUUUAAACAUAUUAACCACUGUGUCAUUUUUAACAUAAAAUAUAACUACAUUAAGAAGAUGGCAACAAGUCUUUGGUAAAAGACUUAAAGGGUUAACUGGCAUAAUUUAAACAUAAAGUAAAACAUUCUGAUUUCAUUUUCUUUACAUUUCAUACUGUUUAGAAAAUAUAGACUUUUAUAAGGAAACAUUUUGAGGGGGUGUAUAUACACAUGUACACAUCUACUAUGAAAAAGGAAAAAAAUCCUCAUCAGGUCAAAGCCUGGGCUGAGCAAUGCAUAAAGGUUAUUAUACUAAAACCUUUACUUAUAGUUAGUCAGGCAAGGAUGGUAGUUAUAGCUAGCAGCUGUAGAUUUACUGAGAGUAUUUAAACCCAAUUUACAAAACUCCCUGAGCCACUCAUUAAAUUGGCAGAUUUGCUUCAAAACAUAUUAGAAGUAAAUAUUGACAGCAGUUUUAGUCCAAAUCCAGCAGGUGAGUUUUCUAUUUUGAAUAGAUAGAAAGAUAGGGUGAACUUUUUUUCUAGUGCUGAAUGUUUUUUCACUAGUUAAAGCCAUAUUGUUUAGACUGCAAUAAUUAAUAAAAAAUAAUAUGUAGGUCAUACAUUCAUUUCCUGUAAAAAUGUAGAAGUUUGUGGAUGCUUUGUGUAUCCACCGAUCUUAUGUGUAAUCUCUGACAUCAUGUAUGUGAAACUGUGUAUAUACCUAGGUAUAUAUGCAAACAUUUCUAAAACGAUAACAUACUAAAAGCCAUUGUUAAUGUCUACUGUAUGUACUACGAGUUCUCUAUGUGAAUGUGUAUAUGUGUCUGUGCUCGUCUGUAAUGUAUGACAUGUUGUUAGUUCAUGUACUGUUGAUGCUGUGGGUGUUUCAUAAUUGAAUGUGCACAAGUCUCAUUGUCUCAGAGACAGCACAAUGUCUGACUUGCAUGCUGUCUGAUACCAAAACACUAGGUUCAGUGCUGUUUAUGUAUAAACGUCCCUGCAACAGAAGCUGCUCAUUAGAUGGAAGAGGAAACUUGUUCUUCUGUCAGAACAGAAAUUAAUCCUGUAUUAAUUAAGGCCAGUGUAUGAGAUUUACAGUGAUUAUUGUCCAUUUAGCUCUGUACAUGGUUCAGAGUAAAAUAUACUUCUUUUUUUAACCAUACACUCUUAAAAAUUAGUACUGUACCUUUUGAAAAAUAGUACUGUACCUGUAGAACUGUACCUUUCCUUGUCGCUGGUGUAGUACCAUCGCAUCUUCUGUACCUUUAAUACGCAUCUUUCACCUGGAAAUGUGGAUAUAUUGUACCUUUGAUAAUGAUUUAAGGUACAUAAAGGGAGCAUCAUUAGUUUUUAUAGAAAAGCUGUUAAGGUACACUAUAUGCAGCUUUCUAGGUAAAAGAUACACACUAAUGGUACAAAAAGUGUACCCUUGAGUGUACCACCUCAGCAACAGUGUACAGAUUAGUACUCUUUUUUUUAUAAGAGUGUAUGACAUUACAUACUACAUAUAACUCAAAUAAAAUAAAUUAUUUAUAAAUUAUUCUGAAGAUUGUUUCACUCACCCCAGAUUGAACCCAUCUAAAACGUUUGUAAUAUAUAAUUGCAACUAGAAUUUUUCUAUAGAAAACAUUGCAUUCUAAUCAACUGGGUAAAAGGGCUGGAUAUGUAAAUUUGUGCUUCUACAUUUUCAGAUAUCCCGAAUAGAAUUUGAUAUUCCUCUGUUAAAAAGUUUGGCACAUACAGCUUGUUAAAUUUUGGGUAAUUUUUUUGUUUGUUUAUUGCUUCAUCGUUUCAUAUCCAAGGUAGACAGUUACUUUACAUCAUGUGUGCUUUCACUUCACAUUUAAGCCUUACCAUGCUUACUAAAUGUGAUAUGUGGACAUGAUGUUUGUGAGUGUCUGCUGGCUUCCGUCUCUGUCUAAGGCAAACUGCAUAGAAACUACCUGUGCUAAGGGCUAUCAAUACCACAAUUAUACACACAUUCCUCUUUUAUGGUUUUUUUUUUUUUUUUUUUUUUUUUUUUUUUUUUUUUUUUUUUUGCCACUUCAGCAGACGAAUUCAUUUUAAAGAGGAAAAUUAGACUGCAAGAGAGUUGAAAUAUUUGUCUCAGUUUCCUGACUCUGCAUUCUGAAACUUAUAUUUAGUCCAUUAAUACAUUUUUUGUGUAUGAAAUAAAGUAGAAUAAAAAUUUAAAAGGAAAAAAAAAACCUUUGGUUGAACGUUAUGUAAAUUACUUUAUUUCAGGUAGAAGCUGGAAGCUUAGAAAACAAUAAAUUACAGAAUUGGUUUAAGUGAUAUUAAUAAGAUGAUUUAACUUCUGGCUAUAACAGGUCUUUUCUAACUGCUUUUCAUGAUACAUCCUUAAAAGAAUAGCACUAAACAUAAACCUGAUCAUUAUCUUACACACAUUUCUGUUGCUGAUGGUUUCUGAUGGUAUUUCUGAGUUAGAGUGAAUAUAAAUUCAGAUGUGGAAUAAUUGAAUCAGUUUCUGUUGCCAGGGACCUUAAAAACUUUAAUCAGGGGAAUAAUAUUAUUUCUCAAAAUCUGUUGCUACAUACUGUAUUUCUUAUGAAGAGUACAACAUUUUUCACAUAGAGUGUAUUUAAAGCUUGGAAUGUUCUUUCUGGAAAAAGCAAUUAUACAAAAUGUAACUGAACAUGUGACGUGUGAAUAGAAUACAUGUAUUAAUGUUUACUGCCUGAUGAUUUAGUCUUGCACUUAAGGGUAUUACUGCUGGGGUUAGUAAUCUAAUCAAUUAUUCUAUAUAAUAUAACUAAACUUUCAACUUUAUCAUGUCAAAUAAAAAUAUUUUAGUGUACCCUCUCUUAAAAUUUUGUGCAUUUAUAUUAAAAAAUGUAAUGCAUUUUUCUUGUAGGACAGAAAUUCUUUCUUGCAUGUAGAAAAAGUAUUUUAGUCUGCACUAACACUGCCACCUUUAACCUUUUACAAUGUGGGGAUACAGAGAGCAACUGCUGUACACAAAAAUAUUACAAUUAUUGCAUCCAACAGCUCAAUACAAAACUGCUAAAACAACAGUGUGAAGCAGUAUUCCUGAUGAGAUAUUAAACAAAAAUAUAUAGAUGGACAUUAAUUUUUUUAGAUGUUCCUUUUAAAACAAGAUGAUCUACCAAAAGGACUAAUAACUAUAGCGAUGUCACUUUCUUUCCUUCAUUUAUGAUGAAUAAUUUCUUGGUGUGCUACUGUAUUUUUUUUUUUUUUUUUUUUUUUAUUGUACAAGAUAAUGAUAAAGUUGAAAGGUAUGAUUUAAAAAUAAAAGAAGGGGAAAAAAAAGUAAUUUUUCUGAUGCAGGGUGUGUGUGUAUUGGCAGUGUAUAGUGUGAGCUCAAAUGGAAUAUUUAUUUGAUUGCAUGUCACAGUAAACAUCUGUCAAACCAAAUCACUGUAAAAUUCUCAUUAACAAAAUUUAAAAGUUGAACUUAGCCUUUUUGGAAAGAUCAUACACAAAUAAAAUUGAUUUUUAAAAACA